AUGCGUGAGUGGGAUGUGGAACUGCUCUUUCCACUCAGGGUCCUGGGAGUUCUUCUGCACUCACAUGCGUGCCACCGUCGCCUGAGGCAUUUAAACCGUCACGUACGGGCCAUUCGUGAUGAUCCUCCUGUGGUGGCACGUCUCCUGGCUUCCACUGUGGGCGGAGACAUCGUCAGAGUGGAAUUUGAUUGUGUCAUAAGUUACACAGCAACGAAGACGCUUCGAGAAGAUGUCCAUGUUCGGCAACUACCACGCCUUGAUGAUUUUCAAAUUAAGGUCACCAUGAAUAUAGAUGAUGCCAUUGUCAUCAUCGCUGGCAAUGACCACCAUGGAAAAUGUGCGCGUUAUCCCAUGCACUGA